AUGUCCACAGCUGUGAAAAGAGAGCGUUCCGAUGAAGUUCAUCAACCUAUGAAGAGGCAACAAACAAUCGUUGGAGAGCACAGCAGUAUACCUGUGGCCACCUUACUGAAUUUGAUACCUGGCAAGGAACAAACUAUUAGUAUUGAUAACAAAACUGUCACAACUGUGGGUAGAAGUAGAUCAUGUGAUAUCAUUUUAACUGAAACAGAUAUAUCGACAGUUCAUUGCGAGCUGUAUCUAAUAAAGAUGAAUAUUGAUAAUAUUGAAAGAUCGCUGAUUAAUAUUAUUGAUAAGAGCAGGAACGGUACAUUCAUUAACGGUAAUAGAUUAGUGAAAAAGGAUUGUAUUUUAAAGAACGGAGAUAGAGUUGUGUUUGGUAAGGGCUGUUCAUUUCUAUUCAAAUACACUGCAUCCAGUAAUCUGCAAGAAAUAGAAGAUAGUACGGCGACAUCUCAAUCGGAGCAUAACGAAGAAUUUACAGGAGAGAGUGUCGUUGCCACAAAAUCAGCUUCAGAAGUGGUUUUCAAGAAACCUCAACUGGGUUUCACAUCCAGCCAAAACGCUACAAAGAAAAUUGUCAGAACAAAGCAAUUAUCAUUUUUUGAUAAAUACGUAUUGGGUAAAGAUUUAGGUUCAGGACAUUAUGCCACCGUUAAAGAAGGUAUUAAUAAAGUUACCGGCCAGACUGUGGCUGUCAAAAUCUUCCAUCCUCAACAAAAUGAUGAUGAAAAGAAAAGUAAACAAUUCAGAGAAGAAACAAAUAUCCUAAUGAGAAUCCACCAUCCUAAUAUUGUCAACCUACUUGACUUUUUUAUUGAACCUGUUAGUAAAUCACAGAUCCAGAAAUACUUGGUGUUGGAUAAAAUUGAUGACGGUGAGUUAUUUGAAAGGAUUGUUAAAAAGACUUGUUUAAGACAAGAUGAAACAAAAGCAAUCUUUAAUCAAAUUUUAAUGGGAUUGAAACAUUUGCAUCAACAAAAUAUCAUUCAUAGAGAUAUUAAGCCUGAAAACAUUCUUCUGAACAUCACCAGACGUACUAACCCGGAACAAAAGCAACUUGGUCCUUGGGAUGAAGAUGAAAUUGAUAUCCAAGUUAAAAUUGCAGAUUUUGGUUUGGCCAAAUUUACAGGUGAGAUGCAAUUUACUAACACGUUGUGCGGGACACCAUCGUAUGUGGCACCGGAGGUUCUAACAAAGAAAGGCUAUACUUCAAAAGUCGAUAUGUGGAGCGCCGGUGUUAUCCUAUAUGUUUGUCUAUGUGGAUUCCCACCCUUCAGUGAACAAUUAGGUCCCCCAUCCUUGAAAGAACAAAUCCUUCAAGCUAAAUUUGCAUUCUAUACACCAUAUUGGGAUAACAUUGAUGACAAUGUCCUUCAUUUAAUUUCGCAUUUAUUAGUUCUUGAUGCAGAUGCUAGAUACAGUGUGGAAGAUACUAUCAAUCAUCCCUGGUUUAAUGAUACGAGGCAAGCAAAUUCAGUUUCACUUGAGAUGAAGCGUCUACAACUGAGUGACUCUCAAAUGCCAAAGACUUAUUCUGAGUUAUCAUGCUUGUAA